UGUGUCGGGAUCUGAAUUCGGACUGUAUGUGUUUUGGGCGCACGGCAGGAUUAACGGGCGAUAAGUUACAUGGAGGCAGGGCCAUGCGCGCGUUAGAGGGUUUAACUGAGACUGGUACAGGACUGGUGCUGGGUACGGUUACUGAUACCAUGCUGACCAGCUGCUGUCGCCUGUAAACGAUGCUCUAAUGCUGAAGAUGCGCUGCCAGGCCGAGCUGUGAUACAGCGCUAAUACACAGAGCACACGGGAUUAACGAUGUAGCGGGCGCAGCGCCUGUCUGAUCCAGCCGUGGAAAUGUAUGUGUAGUUCUGCGUUUAUAAAUCUGCGUCGCAUCUUCAGCAUCGUUCCCAGCACCGAUCCCCGGGGCUCUGGAUCAGUACCGAGUGGGAAAACGUCUGGUUUAAGACUAAAGGUUUAACAUCGUCGAGAGGCAUCACCAUCCUCAUCGUCACCCAGGCAGUCCAAACAAAAACAUGGGUAACGCAGAGAGCGUGGACGCGCAGCUCACCGACUUCAGGGCGAGAAACAAGCCGCCCAAACUACCCAUGCCCGACCCGGUCGAGCUCGAAGAGAGGUUCUCCAUCGCUCUGAACUCUAUGAACCUUCCUCCGGAUAAAGUGAGGCUUCUGCGCCAGUACGACAAUGAGAAGAAGUGGGAGCUCAUCUGUGAUCAGGAACGUUUCCAGGUGAAGAACCCACCGCACACAUACAUCCAAAAGCUAAGAGGAUACCUGGACCCAGCAGUCACAAGAAAGAAAUUUAGGAGGCGAGUGCAGGAGUCCACCCAGAUACUCCGUGAGCUGGAAAUUUCACUUCGGACCAAUCACAUUGGGUGGGUGAGAGAGUUUCUGAAUGAAGAGAACCAGGGUUUGGAUGUACUGGUUGAGUACCUGUCCUUCGCCCAAUAUGCUGUCACUUUUGAUGGAGAUGCAGCGGAGAAUGCUAGUGGAGAGACGUCUGUGGAGACUCCGUGGAGCAGAUCCAUUGAGGAUCUACAUGGCGAAAGCAAUCUGCCGUCACCGGUCAGCAGUAGCAGUAUUCAGCGCUCCACCCGACAUUCCAUAAGGUCCAAUACUCUUCCCAGCCGUAGGACCCUGAAGAACUCACGCUUGGUGUGUAAGAAGGAUGACGUGCAUGUGUGCGUCAUGUGUCUUCGAGCCAUCAUGAACUAUCAGUAUGGCUUCAACAUGGUCAUGUCUCAUCCACAUGCUGUGAAUGAAAUUGCCCUGAGUCUCAACAUUAAAAACCCCAGGACUAAAGCUUUGGUACUGGAGCUGCUGGCAGCUGUUUGUCUUGUGAGAGGAGGGCAUGAGAUCAUCUUGGCAGCCUUCGACCAUUUUAAAGAGGUCUGCGCCGAGUCCCAGAGGUUUGAGAAACUAAUGGAAGAUUUUAAAAAUGAGGACAGCAAUAUUGAUUUUAUGGUGGCUUGCAUGCAGUUCAUUAACAUCGUGGUGCACUCAGUGGAAGACAUGAAUUUCCGAGUUCACCUACAGUACGACUUUACCAAGCUUGCACUGGAUGAGUAUCUGGAGAGACUAAAGCACACAGAGAGUGAUAAGCUGCAGGUGCAGAUCCAGGCUUACCUGGAUAACCUGUUUGACGUAGGAACACUUUUGGAGGAUGCUGAGACCAAAAAUGCUGCACUGGAACGUGUGGAGGAGCUGGAGGAGAGUCUGUCCCAUAUGACAGAUAAGCUGCUGGACACGGAGAACGAGGCCAUGUCCAAGCUCGUAGAGCUGGAGAAGCAGCUGAUGCAGAAGAACAAGGAACUGGACUCAAUACGGGCUAUAUACAGGGAUGCCAGCUCACAGGUGCACUCACUCCGUCGUAUAGUGCGGGAAAAGGACGAGACCAUCCAGAGGCACUGCAAGCUAGAGAAGAAGAUCCACGAGCUUGAGCGGCGUGGUAGCCUGCACAUCCAGGUACGGGGAGAGGGAGAUGGCGAGGGAGAAACCUCCCCGCUGCCCUCUCCUCCCGAGCCCAUGCCCCUCUCUCCAUGCCCGGAUGCCUUGGCUCAGGCUGGACCAAGCAGCUCGUAUCCCGCCACCUCACAAACUGGAACUCUGAGAAGGAUUGGUACGCCGCCUCCUCCCCCUCCUCCACCUCCUCCACCACCACCACCACCCAUGCAAGGCUCCUCAGAACCCAGCGAACUGUCGGAUGCUCCAGCCCCUCCUCCUCCUCCUCCCCCUCCUCCUCCACCCCUAACUCUCGGGCGGUCCAAUGAUAUGUCCACCCCACUCCCCCCACCUCCUCCUCCUGUAGCCCCUCCCCUCCCUGGCUGUGGCAUACCCACAGUCAUAUUCAACUCUGGUCUGACAGCUGUGAAGAUUAAAAAGCCAAUCAAGACCAAAUUCAGGAUGCCAGUCUUCAACUGGGUGGCUCUGAAGCCUAAUCAGAUUAAUGGCACUGUCUUUAAUGAGAUUGAUGAUGAAAAGAUUCUGGAGGAUAUAAAUGUGGAUGCGUUUGAGGACAUGUUUAAGACCAAGGCACAGGGUCCCUCAGUGGAUAUGACAAUGAGCAAGCAGAAGGCCCCACAGAAGGGUCCCAGUAAGGUGUCACUACUGGAAGCAAAUCGAGCUAAAAACCUGGCCAUCACACUUCGUAAAGCAGGAAAGAGCCCAGAGGAGAUCUGCAAAGCCAUUCAGACGUUUGACCUGCGCACGGUGCCUGUGGACUUUGCCGAAUGUCUGAUGCGCUUCUUACCCACUGAAGCAGAGGUAAAGACUCUUCGUCAGUACGAGAGAGAGCGGCGGCCCGUGGCUGAACUCACGGACGAGGAUCGCUUCAUGAUGAUGUUUAGCAAGAUCGAGCGACUGCCUCAGAGGAUGACCAUCAUGGCCUUUAUGGGCAACAUCACUGACAGCCUCCAGAUGCUCACACCGCAACUUCAUGCCAUCAUUGCAGCAUCAGUGUCCAUUAAAUCAUCACAGAAGUUGAAAAAGAUUCUGGAAAUCAUUUUGGCACUGGGGAACUAUAUGAACAGCAGUAAGAGAGGAGCUGUGUAUGGCUUUAAGCUCCAGAGUUUAGAUCUGCUGCUGGAAACCAAGUCCACAGACAGAAAGCAGACCCUUCUGCACUACAUUGCUAAUGUGGUGAGGGAGAAAUACCCCGUUGUGACCACGUUCCACAAUGAACUCCAUUACAUUGAAAAGGCUGCUGCUGUGUCUCUGGAGAAUGUUCUGCUAGAUGUGAAGGAGCUGCAGAGGGGAAUGGAUCUGACCCGCCGUGAGUACAGCAUGCACGGUCACAACUCGCUGCUCAAGGAUUUUAUUCAUCACAACGAAACCAGGCUGAAAAAGCUGCAGGACGAUGCCAGGAUCUCACAGGAUGCUUAUGAUGAAGUUGUGAAGUAUUUUGGAGAAAGCCCCAAAACCAUGCCACCUUCUGUCUUCUUCCCGGUGUUUGUGCGCUUUGUCAAAUCCUACAGGCAAGCAGAUGAGGAGAACGAGCAGAAAAAGAGGCAGGAACAGCUGAUGAUGGAAAAACUGUUGGAACAAGAGGCCAUGAUGGAGGAGCAGCAGAGUCAGCAGUCCCCAUCACAUAAGGGUAAGAGGCAGCAGCAGGAGCUGAUCUCCGAGCUGAGGAAGAGGCAGGUUAAAGACAGCCGCCUUGUCUACGAGGGCAAAGACGGUGCCAUUGAGGACAUUAUUACAGGCCUGCGCAGUCAUCCUUUCCGCCGGGUGGAUGCCAGCAGAAGAAGUGGAAGGCAAAGUUUCGACCUACAGCACCUUCAUUUGAUCCAAGUAGAGGCUACCAUGUGCUAAAAGAGCAUCUCCAAUCAUAAUAAGGUCAUGUGGAGCCUCAAAUUUAUACAGGAGGUGAAUCACCAUUCCGUGAUUUUAAAUGAUUUGCACUUGUAAUGGACUUACCUUUGACGCACGGUGCUAUGAAGAUCAGUGCCCAAAACAAAACUGGAACUGGAAAAUUCGACCUAGAGCAGACUACACAGAAGAGAGAACAUGCUUGGUUGGAUUGUCCGUCACUUGGCGGUUUUAAGAGCUAUUUAAAUGAUUAGCAGAUGGCGAUCGUGACAGUGUAGACUACAAUGGUUGGCACAUUGAUUAAUAGCAGUUUUAUUGUUCGGACUCUAAGCAGUGUUUGUCUGAUAUGGGACACAACCCAUAGUGCACUUUGCUUUUUAACAUUGUCAUUUUAAUCUCUUUGAAUUUUCAUGCAAAGAGAACUGGGUAAACUGGAGACGGAGACAACUGGUGCUAUGGAGGACAAUCUCCUUCUUAAUGAUUCACUUUAUAAUUCACCAGGCUCAGUUUAAAAAUGUAUGUGAACACACUUUUUCUCCCGCUCAGCUUCUCUUACGAUGUUUGUGAACUGUGGAAAGGAAUUUUCUCAUUUUUUAAAGAAAAAAAAAAAACACUGCAUUGGGAUAAAACCUUUUUAAAUGUACAGAUAUUUUGCUACAAAGUUGAACCCCUUAUUUUUUACAUUACCUGUCCAUUGUGAUACUGUAUAUAUUGUUACUUGUUCUGAUAUUGUUUUAAUGUUAUGAUCAGUGGUAAAGAAGGUCAGGGGAACAGGUCACUCUGUUCUUAAUAGCUCUCACUUUUCACAUUUACUCUGUAACAGUUAUAGUCUGUGGUUGCACAUUACACUCGAAAGCUUGGACAGAUGUUAGUGACACAUAUGACAGUUUUUUGUUCUUAAAAAAAAAAAACUGGAGUCAAUGGUUGUAUGCAAAUAAAGCAACGCCAGAAAAUGGAA